AUGCCUGCUUACCAGGGGGAUGAUUUGGUUCCUGAUAUACGUGUUCUACAUAGAGUCUUCUGGAGUUAUUACCCCUGUAUAAGGGCCUUCAGACACUGCAAGCCAGUGGUGCAGGUGGACGGGACUCAUUUGUAUGGAAAAUACAAGGGUUGUUUAUUGGUUGCAGUCUCACAAGAUGGUAAUAACAACAUCGUGCCUAUUGCAUUUGCCAUAGUGGAGGGAGAGACUUCUGAUGCAUGGUACUUUUUUCUGAGCAACUUGCGUCAACAUGUGGUGACACAUGAUGGUGUGGGACUUAUCUCUGAUCGACACGAUUCGAUUAGGUUAGCUAUUGAACGAAGAUACUCGAGGACGAUCAGGGAGUACCAAAUGCGCUAUGAACGAUUAAAAGAACGGGGUGAGGCUUACACCAACUGGCUUGAUCGGAUCCCUCGUGAGCAGUAUGCUUUGGCAUUUGAUGGUGGUUACCGAUGGGGUCAUAUGACCACCAAUCUUGUGGAAUGUAUCAACUCCGUCUUAAAGGGUGCACGCAAUCUCCCAGUCACUGCACUUGUUAAGGCUACAUUUUACAGACUGAAUGAGUUGUUCACUAGGAAAAAAGCCGAGGCUGAAGCCCGAAUCAAUGCUGGACUUGUGUUCUCUGAGAUGGUGACAACCAAGCUGCAUGCAAAUCAACGAGCAUCAGGUAACAUACAGGUUAGCUGUUUUGAUAGAGAAAAUGAAGUCUUCAAAGUAUGUGAGAUGCCUAGUGGGGUUGAGUAUGCAGUUGACCUACGCCACCAUCGGUGCGACUGUGGUGAAUUCCAGGUUAACCGAAUUCCGUGUCGACACGUGUUCGCGUGUUGUGCAAAUCAGAGGUUGGAUUGGCAAGUGUACAUUAAUGACGUUUACAAGAUGGACCAAGUUCGAAGAGUAUACAGGGCUAGGUUUAGACCACUGGGAAAUCCGGUAAUGUGGCCUGCUUAUCAUGGACCUAGAUUCGUUGGAAACCCGUUCCUCAGACGGGUAGCCAAAGGUCGGCCGAAGAUGACCCGCUUCUUGAAUGAGAUGGACACUCGUAUAUUACGUCGCUCGAUGCGAUGCAAGCAAUGCGGUGCUGAGGGCCAUAGUCGCAGUAGAUGUCGUCAAAGUGGUGGAUCGAGUGCAGGUCCAGCCGAAGAGUAG